AUGUCGGACGCUACCACAGUACUUCUUGAACUAUGUCAGAGAGCAACCAAUUUAGCGAACAUCAAUUCGACUCGGACUGUCGAAUACCUGACAGCCUCAAAAAGCCAUCAAACGCACGGUUUCCGUGGCCUUGCGAUCAAUUUCUUGGAAGUCUGUCAGACACUAUGGCCAAUACAAGCAGGUCUUUUAGAGGCUGCUCGAGCAGAAGACCAACUGCCUAUCGACGUUGCAAAAGAGCUUACUGAUAAGGUUAGCUCGACCAUCGACAACUUUAAUUUUCUGGACCUCUUGCUGUCAAAACUCCUCAUAUAUGAGCGCAAGAAGGGCUUCAGCAAGCUUACAAAAGGAUUUGGCAUGAUGGGAAUCGACACAGAAGUCCACAGAUUGAGUGCUGCACUUGCCAAAGAUCGUGAUAGUCUUCGUAUGGGUUCUCUCGCAUUCAAAUGGAUCCUUGGUGACGCCAACCUUCCAUCGUCUACGGGCAGUGCCUAUACUAGCCUGGCAACAGCCUUGAAGGCAGCCAAUGGUCAGAAGCCGCCCUCAGCGUCCUCGUCUUCAACGCGAGCUUCAAACCGACAGCCAUCGAAUAAAUCAGCUACGAGUACAGAUAGGACUGUUCCUACGAACGUGAUCGUUCCGAACCUUGAUCAGUUACCACCCCUUCCAGCUUGGGAAGGCUCAUUGCUGGGAGGUCCCACGUUACCAACCAAGCCUACAGGUCUCACCACGCCAAGCUCUGCAGCAUUUCCCAAUCGUUCGAGACAGUCUGACUUACACACACCAGAAUCAAAGGUUUCAGCACAAAGAUGCGUUACUAGUACGGAGCUGAAGCGAGGUCUGACAACGCCAGCGAUCCAGGAACUUCACCACAGCAGCGACGAGUCUCGCCGGGGAACGAUAUCGGAUACGAGUAUGACAACGGUCGAGUCAAUGAUCCAGUUUGAAGACAUGCUCAAAAAUUACGACUAUGAGAGAAGAUCCCCGUCUCAGCCUCGUGCACUGUCUAAAACGGCUUCGCCUCCUACCGUCCGUCGUACUCAGAGGCCUCCACCUGCCACACCGACCACAGUGAAAGCCGCUUUGAUUGCUGCUGUGCAAGCAGGAAAUCAUGAAGCUCUUGAGGAACUGCUUGAGCAGCAGAUACCUGCAGAGAUUUUCGCAGAGCUACGAUUGCUUAACAAUUCCGUCCUGCACGAAGAUUUUGGCAGUCUGCGUUUACUGCUCGUGCAUGGUGCAGAUCCAAAUUAUUCUGAUGGUGGAGUGCUCAGUCCUCUUUCCACAGCAACAGAAAUGUCUUCGUACGAGGCUGCAAGUAUACUUGUCAGGUACGGUGCCAACCCAAACCUCUCUGCUACCGCUGAAGGAGAAUCGCCAUUACUUAUGGCUAUCAGUGGCGACAAAAUCGAUUUGCUCGAACUAUAUCUGAAGCAUGGAUGUGGUGUGAACGAAAUGCUUCCCGAUGGCGACACUCCCUUUCUCAAGUCGAUCAACAAGACGACCUCUGCCGACGUUGUGUCACUUCUACUUGAGUCAGGAGCCGAACCAGACAAGAAGAGCACCCAUGGAGAAACACCACUUGUCAAGUCCUUGUUUGCGAAACGUGUCGACCUAGCCACACUCCUGCUUGAUCACAAAGCCAAUCCCAACCUCGCAGGACCGAAACAUCCUCUGUGGCCUUCAACGUAUGAUCCAGCCCUUCUCUCGCUCAUGUUGUCCCGUGGUGCCAAGCCAAGAAUGGCACCAGGCAUAAUGGAGCUGGCCACAAGUUUGAAUUGCAUCGAGUCAGUCAAGAUUCUGCUUCAGUACAAAAUCGAUCCGAACAUCAAGAAAGACGGCGUGUACACACCACUUUGCAGCGCAAUUCGAGACGAUCGCAGUGAAAUCGUGACGCUUUUACUAAAAAACGGUGCAGAUCCGAAUGUGCCGGCAUCCGAGUAUCCAGCGUUCAAAUGUGUAUCACACAACCGCUUACAUUUCUUGCCUCAGAUUGUGGCUGCUGGUGCAGAUAUACAUACUCCAAAAGGAAUAUUAGAAGUAGCUGUGGCACACAACAACAAGGAAGCAUUAAUGAAUCUGCUUGACGCUGGAGUUGAUGUGAAUGCCAAGAACAGCCAGGCUGAUGGCGCAACAGCACUUUCCACCGCGAUACGUGAUAACAAUCUGCAAUUUGUCGACAUCCUUCUCGCUCAUGGUGCGAACCCAGCCAUCAGAGGGUCCGACUGGCCACUUGUAAUGUCGAUCCGGAGUCCGACUAUUAUGACCAAGAUCUUGCCAUGUCUUCCCAAGAACUAUCACUCGAAGGGUAUUAUUGAGCAAGCCGUAGUGGCUGAUCAGCUCGAUUCAGUCAAACUACUUGCCGCAGCUGGGUUCAGCGUCGAAGAUAAGACAGGCGGUGUUUUUAGUCCAAUGACCACUGCACUUCGCGAGCGACACAUCGAUAUUGUACACUUCCUUCUCGAUGAGGCUGGUGCGGACAUCAAUGCUCCAGGUGAGCAUCUACCGAUCGUCAAAGCCUUGCGGAGGUGCUGUGGACCAGAAGAUACAGAAGCCAUUGAGAUUCUGCUUGAGCGCGGUGCUGAUAUCAACCUAGUAUACCGAGGAUGGAAUGGUGUCAUGCAAGCAAUUGAGCGAGGUGACGCCGAGAUUUUGAGACUGCUCGUUCAGAAGUCAAAGAGCGAUGUAGACCUGAACGCGAAGGAUGACGAAGGACAGACAGUACUUGAGUUUGCCAGGGAGCGAGGAUGGGAUGAGGGCGAAGCUAUAUUGCUGGGGAAGGAAUUUUGA